GAAAACAUCCUUUUCCAUUGACGAUGCCCAUCCUACUCUUUACUCCAGUAAAAACCAGUGGGUUGCCACCGAAGCUGUCGGGGUCGGCCCGUGCGCGUGCCGCGCCGCUGCCUCUGCCGGCCAUGUCCGUCCCGGGCGUGCGGCACGCGGUGGUGGCGUGGGAGUCGGCGGACGGCGGGCCGGCCGUGCGGGGCCACACGCGGCUGGCCUACCGCUGGCACCGCGGCGAGGGCGUCACGACGGUGGCCGUGCACGGCUCGCUGAUGGCGGGUUGCUGGUACCAGCGCCUGGAGGGGCAGCUCCCUGGCUGCCGCCUGCUGGAGGUGGACCUGCCGGGGCACGGGAGCUCGGAGCAGGCCGCGGCCGGGCUGGAGGACCUGCGCGCGAUGGCGUCGGCCAUCAGGUCGCUGAUGCACCAGCUGGGCAUCUUCGACCAGGAGUACGGCCUGAUGGGGCACAGCCUCGGCGGCGCCGUGGCGCUCCUGGUGGCCAGGCUGGCGCCCACGGCGCCGGCCUUCUUCUCGGGGCAACACGACGCAGGACGACUGCGGGGAGCGCGGGCUCGCCCGGGAGGUGGCCCGGCAGGCGCCGACGUCGGUGCGGCUGCUGGAGAGGGUGCGGCACUUCGACUCCCCGACGGGCUAUGGGCGAGCAGCGCGGCCCGGCUGGGCGAUUCGCUGGGGCCCUUCGGGCACCGCCUGUUCGCCUCCCUGGUGAGGUGGUGCGACUGCGGCGAGCUGCUGGACACGUUCCUGUCCAUCGCCAAGGUGCGGUACCUGUGCGGCGAGCGCUCGGGCAAGUACCACGUCGGCACUUGGGCCUCCCUGCAGCGCCACCCCGACGCCAGGUGCAUCGAGAUCAAAGGCGCGGGCCACUUCAUGCUGGACGAGAAGCCGCAGGAGAGCGUCGCCGCCCUGCGCAGCCUCCUUGGGGCAGGCACGCUGGCUCGCUGGCCUCCUGGAGGCGCCGCGGGCCCGCGGGGGCCCCCGGCGGGCGUGGAGAUCCUCAGGGCGGACGACGCGUGCGCCGCGGCCCUCGGCUGCCUGGAGCCAGAGGGCGCGGCCGCCGCGGGGGCCGAGGGCGGCGCGCAGCUGGCGCGGGGCGGCGGCCCGGGCGGCGGGGCGGCGAUCAGGCACGGCUUUGGGUACAGCCUGCUUCUGGGAGAGGUUCCCGCCACGGCCGACGUGCAGGCGGCCACGACACUCGAGGUGGUCGUGGCCUGCUCCGGGACGCUCCAGCUCUGCUCCGCCAGCGGCCACUCCGCCCUCCUCUCGAGCCCGGCGACCUGGCCCUCGUGCCCGCGGGCACCCGGCGCGCGCUGCGGCGCGGGGAGGCCGGGGGCGCCGCGCGGGCGCUGCGCCUGCUCCCGGGGAGGCCUCUGCGCGCCGGGAAGGCGCAGGAGUUCGACGGUGCGGAGGCAGGCGACGGGCAAGCGGCCGCCACGGCUGAGGAUGCAGCCUCGCGGCGGCCUGCCCUGAUGCGGCCCGCGUCGUUCGAGGCGGAGGUCCCGGCGGAGGGCUCCGAGCAGGGCUUCCAAGCCGUGGUGCACAGGGCCGCGGAGAGGCCCUGCGUCGUCGUCCCCCGCGGAGACGGAGAGGUGGUGAUAGAGUACGUGGAGCUGACACCAGAGGUGCCAGCGCUUCACUUCGAGGCUCAGGCGGAGGACUGGUUGGUCCUGCUACUGGAGGGAGACAGUCUCAUGGUCAACGGGAGCGCCAUGCGUGCGGGGGAGCUCUGCCUGCUUCCGCGAGGAGGCGACAAGGAGCUGCGCCUGCCAGAGAACCACCAAGGGCGCUGGCGCUCCUGGCGCGGAGCACGCUGAAGCGCGCCACCGCCCCGGGCACCGCGGGGGCCGCGCCGGAGGCCUUGCCCGAGGGCCCGCGCUGCGAGGCCAAGCGCCGCCGGCUGGCCGCGGAGGCCUCCCCGCCGCAGCCUCCCCUGGGCGGCGCGGGCGGCGCGGGCGGCGAGGGGU